AUGACAGAUACCUCCCCAGCCGCCGUCACGCACCCAACCACGGACCCUUACCCGGUCGCCGUCCCUCUCAACUCGCCCGCCGUCAACGGUACCGUUUCCGACUCGGCCGCACCUGAAGAGGAGGAGCCGUAUACCAUCAAAUGCAUCUGCGCCUUUGAGGAUGAUGAUGGGAACACGGUUUUCUGCGAACGGUGCGAGACCUGGCAGCACAUCGAGUGCUACUACCAUGGUCGGGAGGUGCCCGAGGUUCACAAUUGCGUGGAUUGCGAACCCCGUCCAUUAGAUGGCCGCCGCGCCACCGAACGGCAAAGGCGCUUGCGAGAACAGAGCGAUGGCGGCGACCGCAAAAAGCGAUCCGGUGCGAAGAGUCAGAAGAAGAAGGCCAGGGAGCCUGCGGAUCAGACGAACGGCUUCCAUCACCGUUCCGAUUCCAACUCCCGCGACCAGCCGCCGGCGAAAAAGUCCAAAACAGGUCAUCGCACUUCUGGCUCUGUCGGGUCCCUGUCAAGUUUACCCCCCUUACAACCCGAUGCACGCAAACGCACGUCCACGUCAAUGAGCCCAACGAAACCUGCAGGACCGUCGAUCCCCCUGUAUUCCGCCGAAUUCCUUCACCUUUAUGACCACGAUCAGGACUAUGCCAGCAUGGAUAGCAAUCUGUACAAUACGCUGAAUCUUGCAGGAGAUCUGGCAUCGUGGGUGACGGAUCCGUCAGCGCUAGCGCGCGUGACGAAUGGACGAUCAGCGCAGGACGUCUUCACCUGGUCGGGUGCCGUCCUCGACCGGUCGCGCUGGCCCUCCCUCGCCACCGAAUCGAUUACCGACCCGAAUAUCGAUGUGGACGGCACGCACCCAACCUGGAAGGUUCUGAAGACGCGCGAUCGCAUAGGGAAGGAUGACAUUGUGGGCGAAAUUACGGGCAAAAUUGGCCUCCUUCGGGACUACUGUCUUGACCCCAACAAUCGAUGGCAGGAGCUUCGACAUCCCGAGCCUUUCGUCUUCUUCCAUCCGCAACUUCCUAUUUACAUUGAUAGUCGGCACGAAGGUAGCAUCCUCCGCUAUGUCCGGCGGUCUUGUCGUCCUAAUGUCACGAUGAAAACCUACAUCACAAAUGAAGUCGAGUACCAUUUCUGCUUCGUCGCAAAGGAAGAGAUCGCGCCCGAUUCAGAGAUUACCGCGAUGUGGUAUCUGGACCCCCAACUUUUCGAGUCCACCAAUGGAGUGGUCAAGCAGGAGUCCAGCGACACGGCGCAGGACCUGGCGGCCAUCUGCAUCAGCAACGUGCUGGCGCAUUUUGGUGGCUGUGCCUGCGUCCCUCCACCCAACUGUCUGCUAUCAAGCGUCGACCGUCGGCGGCAUCCGAAGGCAUUGGAUACGAAACAAGCCAGCGCAAAGCGGAAGAAGGUCAAGAGCAAAUCCAACGUUUCUCCGCCUGCAACGAACAGCCGGGCUGGCAGUGAAGCCAUCAAGAACUUGGACGAGGAUGACCAGGCCGAUAGCCGUUCGGCGUCCGGUUCGACGCGAGGGCCCCGCAGUCGCGAUCUCACCCCCACGUUACCGAACUCCGCCGAAGGCUACCUGUUCGGCGAUACGGAACUAUCGGCCCGAGACCGGCGCAAAAUCGCGGCGGCGGAAAAGAAGUUCCAGCAACUGGAACAAGAUCAGGCAACGCAGAAGAAAAAGAAGCGCCCCAGCGGUCAUUCCGCCCAAAGUACGCCGACAAUUGGCGGCAGUCAAGCUGGCUAUUUCGCUCACCAAGGCCGUGAUCGCCGCUCUUAUUCGCCGCCCGCCCGUUCGUCGCGAGGUCGCCAUGGUUCCCCUCGAAAGGCGACUGGCCCUUUCACCGGUGCCCGACGAUAUGUAGAUUCCUCCAUCCAGACGGACUUGGAUGGCAGUGAUGGCCUGGGUCCCUCCGCGCUCUCCUCCCCCUCGCCGCGACGGCCGGCUUUUGUCCCGCUCACACAACGCUUGCUCAAACGGUGCUAUGCGGAUCGUGUGCGUUUGGAGCAAAUCAGUCGCGUCCCGGUGUCGCCAUCCCACUCCAACUCCAUCACACAAUUGACGUCACCUUCGCCGAGUACGCAUGGGGCUGCGCCGUUGACUGCCACCACUCCAAGUGUAUCUGGUGAAAGGGAGGAUGUAGAAAUGAAGGAUGCGGAAUUUCCAGCCAGGCCAUCUCCUGGGCGCCCACAUAGUCGCGAGAUGGACUCUUCGCCGCUAUCGGGCCGAGAAAUGGCGAAGCCUCCACUACCACCCCCCUGGCCUUCCACAGCAGCCCAUAAUUCUCGAAUACCGGGGAGCCGGGUGGACACUCGGCGUCCUGAUCUCCAAAUUCCUAUUCCGCCUCCCAUUAUUCCUUCGUUGCAAUCUGCCUCUCGCCCGGGGUCGGCGACAACGCCGUCGCUUCAGUCGUCUCCCUCGACAAUCGAACCUCCCCAGCAUCAUACGGCUCCACCUGGGUCUGGCGUGACCGCUCCCAGCCCUGUCAAGAAGAAACUUAGUCUAGGGGACUAUCUCAUUCGCCGAGGGUCCAAGGCUACCCCAACAACUGAAAAAAGCCAGGCGCAAGCCACAGCGAUGCCACCGCCGCCGAAGUCUCCGAUCAACCAAACACCGACUUCAACCGCUGGGGACGGCGCCCAUCCCGAGUCCAAGGCGAGUGGCGAGACAGAUACGGUGAAAGUGGAACACUCCAGCACACCUGAGGUCACAAUGAAGGAUGUCGCUGGGUCGACCCAAACCUCGCAAGUGUCAUCACUUACGUGA